AUGGAUCGCGUCGAAAUUCACAACGAUCCUUAUGGUGUGGUGCUUAUUUUAGGUGCUUGGAAUUAUCCGUUACAAUCGAUUUUAUUACCUUUAGCUGGUGCUAUAGCAGCCGGAAAUUGUGUCAUUUUAAAACCAUCAGAGUUAACACCGGCUGUGGAAAAAUUUUUAAUUAAAACAAUUCCAAAGUAUUUAGAUGAUAAAAGUUAUCAAGUUUUUAAAGCGGCCGCUGAAAAUUUAACACCAACAACGUUAGAAUUAAGUGGAAAAUCUCCGGUUAUAAUCGAUAAUUCAGCUGAUAUUAAUUUAACCGUACGAAGAGAUGUUAAUCCAAGCGAUAAAGUGAUGCAAGAAGAAAUUGUGGGGCCAAUAUUACCCAUCGUUGUUAUCAAAGACAUCAAAGAAGCGAUAAAUUUCGUUAAUUCCAAAGAAAAACCGAAAGCUUUAUACAUUUUCACGAGAAAAUCUAAAGUUGUUAAUUUAAUUUUAAACUCGACUUCAAGCGGAGGUGUUACCGUUAAUGAUACUUUAAUGCAUAUCGCUUGCGAAGAUCUUCCAUUCGGAGGAGUUGGAAAUAGCGGGAUGGGAAAUUACCACGGGAAAAGAUCCUUUGAUGUUUUUACGCAUAAAAAAUCAGUUUUAAACAAAAACGAUUGGGGUUUAAUGGAAAAGCUUAAUUGUUUGAGAUAUCCUCCGUAUUCUGAAGCUAAAAUUCGAUUAACAUCGAUUAUGACUGCGAAAAGGAGGGGAUUUUCAGUUGAUUUUUUACCGGUUUUAUUUGUUUUUAUAUUAGGAAUGUUAUUUCCGAUUAUUGUUAAGUUCUUUCUUUAUAAAUUUUAA